AGCGCCCUCUCUCAUUUCAGGUUGUGAUAUGGGGACUGAGGAAAAGGAGGUGCUUCCCAAGGAAGACAUUUCUCAAGACUGUGAACCACACGGGCCAACAUUAGAAAAACUGGCACAGGAGGUUUACCAAGGCCAUGAGUUUGGAGCAGCAAGUGAGGAAGACAUACUAGAAGGACAUUUGAGAGAGUCUUCGAAAGAGAUUAUAGAACAAAUGUAUCCUCAGGAGAGAGCCUUUGCAUCAGGGUUAAUUAUCUUCAAGAGGUCUUCCUCAGGUGAGAAAGACCAGAAAAACAGGGAGAGUCCAAGGGGCUUCAGUCCUAACACAAGUGUCCUGAUGUGUCAUGGAGAUGCUACAGCUGAGAGGGUCAGCACAUGUGCUGCCUCUGGCCAGAACUUCAUGGAGAGUAUAGAGCUUACUAAAGCACAGAGGACUCCUGUGGGAGAGAAGCCACACACAUGUAAAGAAUGUGGGAAAACUUUUAAUCAGAACUCACAUCUCAUUCAGCAUAUGAGAGUCCAUAGUGGAGAAAAACCCUUUGAAUGCAAAGAGUGUGGAAAGACCUUCGGGACUAAUUCCAGCCUUCGAAGGCACCAGAGAAUUCACGCCGGAGAGAAGCCCUUUGCCUGCACCGAGUGUGGCAAGGCCUUCAUUCAGAGCUCACAUCUGAUCCACCAUCACAGAAUCCAUACUGGAGAAAGACCUUAUAAAUGUGAAGAGUGUGGUAAAGCCUUCAGUCAGAACUCAGCCCUCAUUCUGCACCAGAGAAUCCACACUGGAGAGAAGCCGUACGAGUGUAAUGAGUGUGGGAAGACCUUCCGGGUUAGCUCACAGCUCAUCCAGCAUCAGAGGAUCCACACAGAGGAGAGGUACCACGAGUGCAGUGAGUGUGGGAAAGCCUUCAAGCACAGCUCCGGCCUCAUCCGACAUCAGAAGAUCCACACAGGAGAAAAACCCUACCUCUGUAAUGAGUGUGGGAAAGGCUUCGGUCAGAGUUCAGAGCUUAUCCGCCAUCAAAGAAUCCACACAGGGGACAAGCCCUAUGAAUGCAGUGAGUGUGGGAAAACUUUUGGCCAGAACUCAGAGAUUAUUAGACAUAUCAGAAUUCACACUGGGGAGAAGCCCUAUGUGUGCAAAGAAUGUGGGAAAGCCUUCAGGGGUAACUCAGAGCUCCUGAGGCACGAGAGGAUUCACACUGGGGAGAAACCCUAUGAGUGCUUUGAGUGUGGGAAAGCUUUCAGACGGACCUCUCAUCUGAUUGUCCACCAGAGAAUACACACGGGAGAGAAGCCCCAUCAGUGUAAUGCGUGUGCAAGAACCUUCUGGGAUAAUUCUGAACUGCUGCUUCACCAGAAGAUUCAUAUCGGAGAGAAACCUUACGAGUGUAGCGAAUGCGAGAAAACGUUCAGCCAGCACUCCCAGCUCACCAUCCACCAGAGAACUCACACUGGAGAAAAGCCAUAUGAGUGUCAGGAGUGCCAGAAGACCUUUAGUCGGAGCUCCCACCUCCUCCGGCACCAGAGUGUUCACUGUAGCGAGUGAUGUGCAAACCAGGGAGGUGGUGUGGGGAGGCUUGGGGCAGGCUUCUCCACUGCUCUGUUCCCGGGCUCUAGGAUCAGGUGAAGGGACAGGGCCUCCCCUGGCCAUCCGCCGAGUGUGUGUCAGUCAUCGGCUGAAAGUGAUAAGGCAGUUUUAUGAACUAUUUAUUGAGAAGUUUCAGUGUACUAAAUUAAAUCAUAAAAGUUGUUCCAGGCCUUAAUCCUC